UUCCCCACUCCUCACCAGCUACCUCACCUGCUCCACAGUCCCCCUCCUAUUUAUUUAUUAUCAUUCAAGAAAAAUACUAUCCUUUGCCGACACUACUACUCCGCCUCAAGCAAGCAUACGAACCACCCUUUUUCCCCCUUCCUCUUCACAAAAACAGCAAAAACAGCUGUAAUGCGUGAUCACGAGCUCAAAACGAGGCCCCAAAUUAGAACCCAAAUGAGAAAAUUCAGGUGAGGAGAAUGAACAAAGCUUAACUUAUCAUUUCAAGAUUACCCACCACACUCAUGGCCACAUUGCCGGCUGCACAUGCCCUCAUUCUCCUCCUCCUCCUCCUCCUCGCCGCCCCGGCGGCCGAAUCCGCCACCGACUCAUCCGACGCUCAAGCACUCACUGUGCUGUACAGCUCCCUGAACAGCCCACCGCAGCUGUCCGGCUGGACGUCGAACGGCGGCGAUCCCUGCGGCGGCGGGUCGUGGAAGGGGAUCUCGUGCUCCGGCUCGGCUGUCACUGCCAUCAAUCUCGCUGGAUUGGGUCUAAACGGCACCCUCGGAUACCUUCUUUCAAACCUUUUAUCGUUGAAGACGCUGGAUAUAAGCAGCAACGGUAUACAUGACACCAUUCCUUAUCAGCUGCCGCCGAAUCUCACUUACAUGAAUCUUGCAAACAACAAGUUUAGUGGGAACCUUCCUUACUCUAUUUCUAAAAUGUUUUCACUUAACUACCUCAAUAUCAGUCACAACACACUAUCUCAGUCAAUUGGAGAUAUCUUUUCAAACCUCACGAGCUUAUCUCAGUUGGAUUUGUCUUUCAACAGUCUGACAGGAGAUCUUCCAAAUUCUAUGGGUUCUCUAUCAAAUCUUUCUAGUCUGUAUUUGCAAGACAAUCAAUUAACGGGCUCAGUGAAUGUCCUUGCUAACCUAAGCCUUAAUACCCUGAACAUUGCCAACAACAAUUUCAGCGGCUGGAUACCUCAGGAAUUCAAAUCAAUUCCAAAUCUUGUUAUCGAGGGGAAUUCUUUUACUAACAACCCUGCUCCGCCGCCACCUCCAUUCGUCCCAUCUCCACCUGGUAUACCACAUAAUGAUCGUAAUUCGACCCAGCAACCGACGAAUACUCCACAAAGUUCUUCUGGCCAAUCACCUGCUCUAGAACAUGAGGAUACGAAGCAAGGCUUGACAGCAGGUUCAGUUACUGGGAUAGUCGUGGGCUCAGUAUUUGGUGCAUUGUGUGUAUUACUAGUGAUUGUUUUUGGUCUCUUUAGUGUCCAUAAGAAAAGGAAUGGCGUGAGAAAUGAUGCAAAUGAUUCUUCAGCAUCUGUGGCAUCUUUGAGCGUUCGUACAUAUGGAGCGACCAGUAAGGAGGCUCAAGUGGAGAGGCUCCACGGUGCUUCUAUGACGAGUUUGAAACCUCCACCUGCUGAGAAAAUAGUGGCUGAUAGGGUUGACACGAAACAUGGGUCAGGGAGAAGACCGAGAAGUCCCAUAACUGCAACUUCUUACACAGUUGCUUCUCUUCAGAUUGCGACAAAUAGCUUUAGUCAGGAUUGCCUUGUUGGUGAGGGUUCUCUUGGUCGUGUUUACAGGGCAGAGUUUCCCAAUGGAAAAGUUUUGGCUGUCAAGAAGAUCGACAGCGCAGCACUUUCAUUGCAGGAGGAAGAUAACUUUCUGGAGGUUGUUUCAAACAUAUCACGACUUAGGCACCAAAACAUUGUGAGUCUUGUAGGCUAUUGUGUUGAGCACGGGCAACGGCUUUUGAUUUAUGAUUACACUGGGAAUGGAACACUGCACGAUAUGUUGCACUUUGGUGAUGACGGCAGCAAGAAUUUAACCUGGAACACACGUGUGAAGAUAGCACUUGGGACUGCUCGGGCCCUUGAGUACCUUCAUGAAGUAUGCUUGCCUUCUGUCGUACAUAAAAACUUCAAAUCAGCAAACAUCUUACUAGAUGAGGAGCUUAAUCCUCGCUUGUCAGACUGUGGAUUAGCAGCCUUAACACCAAAUACGGAGAGACAGGUAUCUGCUGAGAUCGUCGGUUCAUUUGGUUAUAGUUCUCCUGAGUUUGCAAUGUCUGGAGUUUAUACCAUAAAAAGUGAUGUAUACAGUUUCGGAGUAGUUAUGUUAGAGCUAUUAACCGGUCGGAAGCCGCUAGACAGUUCUAGAACACGAUCGGAACAAUCUCUCGUUAGUUGGGCUAUACCACAGCUCCAUGAUAUCGAUGCACUUGCAAAAAUGGUUGAUCCUGCAUUGAAUGGAAUGUACCCAGUAAAAUCUUUGUCGCGUUUCGCAGACAUAAUUGCGCUAUGCGUGCAGCCGGAGCCGGAAUUCCGCCCUCCUAUGUCCGAAGUCGUGCAACAACUUGUUCGGCUGAUGCAAAGGGCAAGCAUAGUGCGAAGGCGUUCCGGGGAGGAGCUCGGAUAUUCCUACAGGUUGCCAGACCAAGAGCCAAGUUUAGCCGACUUAUCAUUUUGAAUCUCAAGUUCCUUUUCCAGGCUGCAAACACCCAGUUUUAAAAUCAUGAAAGGGAGGCUGCGUAGCGAGCCACUCAAGAGCUGCAAAGGUUAGUUUCUGUCGGCAUACUGAUUUUUCGCCUCUGUUCACAAGCAAAUUUGUAUACUCGCAGGUAUCGUACGAGAGCCUGUGCGACAGACAUGUAUAAUUACUCCAGUAAAUAAGUUUAAAUUUAUUGGUUGAGAACAAGUGUACCGCCGCUGUCAUUAGUAGACAUUUCAGUUUGCAGCUUUUAGCUAACCCCCUUUUCGUUUUCGCUGUUAA